AUGGCAGCAUCCGAAUCGCUCAAGACGACGGCAACAUUGCCUCAACAAACAGCCGAAAAGACGACCCCAAGCAAACUUAAGGAAACCUUUGUUGGUUUUACGAUCGGUGGUCUUGCCGCAUGUGGAGCCGUCACCUUUACCAAUCCACUCGAGGUAGUCAAGACUCGGCUACAACUUCAAGGCGAGUUGGUGCGUGCUGGUGCACUUUCAGCCUCUGCACGGCCAUAUCACAACAGUCUCCAGGCACUUCAAGUGAUCCUUAAGCAUGAAGGAAUCCGUGGCAUUCAACGUGGUCUCGGUGUUGCCUAUGUCUACCAGGUUUGCUUGAAUGGCAGUCGGAUAGGAUUAUAUGAGCCGGUGCAAAAUGCCGCCGUCAGCUUGUUCGAUAUCCAAUCCAAGCAAGGCAUGUUAGCCUCGGGCGUGUUUGCUGGUGCUGUUGCGGGUGUAACAGGUGCUUUGCUCGGUUCACCAUUAUACCUUAUCAAGACGAGACAACAAUCCUAUUCUCCAGUAUUCAAACAAAUCGGCCAUCAGCAUGAAAUCGAUUCAGCAUGGAACGCAUUGAGUCGCAUCUAUCGUAGUGAAGGAUUAAAGGGUAUCUAUCGAGGCGCAGAUGCUGCUAUGGCCCGUGCCGGCGUGGGCUCAGCUGUCCAAAUGCCUACCUACAUGUUUGGCAAAGAGAUCCUUGUCUCUCGCUUUGGUCUCCCUGAUAGCAUCGCUACUCAUUUUGCUACUUCAAUGUUUGCUGGUUUCCUCGUUUCGAUCGCCAUGAAUCCAUUCGAUGUCAUUUCUACUCGCAUGUACAAUCAAGGUGUUGAUCCAGUGACUGGACGUGGUUUACUCUACAACAGCCCGGUGGAUUGCUUCUUAAAGUUGACAAGAACAGAGGGUAUUCGAGGUCUAUACAAGGGAUUCUCCGCACAUUAUCUUCGGAUCGGUCCACACACUACACUCAUGUUUGUGUUCAUGGAGCAAAUCAAGAAUAUCUACGGAAAGUAUUUGCAGUAG